GCACAACGUAACGCAUAGAUGAAAUUUUAAGAUCACUUUGAAUAAUCGAGUCAAGAAUUAAUUUCGAAUUGUUUAUUGCUCUAUAUGCGACUCUAUAUUAAGUAAUAAAAAAAUGAAACCUUGUGCUAUUGUGCAUGUUACCAUAAUUACAUUGUUAACGUUAGUGUUGCUGAAUUUGAAAUGUUGUGGAUGUGAAACUGUGAAUGAUAUAAUGACAUCUUUAGCGGAUGCUAUUAAUAUUACAAAUGUAAUACCGGAAGAAGAAUUUGAACAUUCUAAGACGGUUAUUUUAUUAUGUCGCAGUAACGGUAAAGAACACUUGUUUAUGUUUUGGCAGCUACCAAAGGACGAUUUGAUCGUUGGACCGUCAAACAACUUCGACACAUAUAAAUAUGAUUACGAGAUUUUGUCUGGAAAUUUAACAAUUCGACGAAUAUCCUUUGAAGAAGAAGGAAUUUAUCAUUGCGUUUCAAAAGGAGUAGUAAGUAACGACAUAAAUGUUCAACCUAUUCUGGUGAAAAUAAAAACAGAUUCUGGUGCUUCUGGUAAAACCGGAGAGCUCACUUACUUCCGAGUCGUUGUGGUUCUCUGCACUCUUUUGGUUUUAUCAGGGUUGGUAUACAUCGUUUACAGGCUUAUUAAAAGGAGACACAAAAAGGAAACGCUUUUAGAAUCCGUCGACGAUGAGAGUUACUAUGGGAGAUAUGAAACACCGCCACGCACUUCGAGGCAGUUCGAUAACAUUGAAUUUAAGCGAAUCGAUGAAUUAGAAGAUGAUGCAAUUGAACUUCCAAAAAUUAGUAUAGAUUUUGAGGACAUUUUACAGAAUGCAUCAAAAUAGUUGCUUUCAAUUAUAAUGUUAUCGUUUU